AUGAAUAACUCUUGUGCUUCAGUAUUAAACGUAGCAGCGUUACAACUCUUGGGUAUUGACAUGAAAAAGUUGGAGGAAUGGGUUGUGAACGAAGAGAGUGGUAAAAAUCGUGGUCGGUGUGGAGCUGAUCCUUCACCUCUUCUUAAAGUUGAUUCGACAGAUAAACAAGUCUCGGAAUUCAAAACGAUGAAUACAAGCGAGAAAAAUGAAAUUCAUGAAUACAAGGUUGAGGAAGAAUCAAGUAAAGAUAUGAAGACUAUAGCUGGUUCUUCGGGCAUAAAAGAAAAUCCUCAACCAUCGUACAUACCCAACUUCUUGCCAUCAUUACCUGAUGGUUGCCCACCAAAAGGAUCAGAAUUCGAAUCGGAUAUUAAAAAUAACGCAAAAAAGGAAAAAUAUUUAACACAAAAAAAAGAGAAAUGCACAUAUAAUGCCCCGGCUAACGUCUCUAAUAAUAAUAACUCAUUAAAACUAAGUUUCAAUAAUUUAUCACUAUCACAAGUCCAUGAGAAAUUUGAAGAAGCAUUCAACUCGUUUGAACAAGAGAAAUCACCAUCGGUUGGAUCACAAUCAUCAAAUAAGAAACGUAAUAUUAAAAGAGAACUUUCUUAUUGUCCCGUGAAUCCAGAAGAAACGAUCUGUGCUUUUUCGAGUUAUGGACUAUUUGGCGAUGAUACCGAGACUUAUAUGCCUGAAUUAAGUGAUUCUGAACUUUUUGUUCUCAAACCGAUAACUAGUGAAUUUGAAGUUGCUGCUGCUCCCGAUGAAACAUCACGACGAAUAUUAAGAGACGAUAGAAAAAUAAGAAUUUCAUAUUCUAAUAAUACUUUAUCAAGGCAAAACCCUUCAAGAAUUUCAAGACGUGCUCUUCCCACCUUAUCGGAUAAAUUACCUCCGAAUCUCAAAACCGAAAAAGCGGAAAAUAUCAUGCUGACUCCCAAAAAGAAAGCACCCACCAUUAAAACUGUGAAACCGAAACCUACCAAAAACACGUCCACAUCAUCGACCAAAACAGCUAAUGAAAUAGCGAAACAACAAUUGCCGCCACCUCUUCAAGACCAUAACACAGAAUCGUUGAAUUCAGAAAUAAUUAAUUGUAUAUGCGAAUUUCCGGAUAAAGAUAAUGGAAAACUCAUGAUAUCGUGCGACAACUGCAAUGUAUGGUUUCACGGAGAAUCGGAAAUAAAUUGA